UGUUUACUUAAAAAAAGUUCAUUUGUAUUGAUUUUCUGUCGCUCCUCUCUGUGCCUAGAUUUUUCCAAAGAAAAUCAAUUCGUCGUACCAUAUUGAUAUCUUCGGUCCUCGUAGGUCGCAAACGAGAGAUAAAAAUGAGCUCCAUAGCGCAACAAGAAUCUUUUGUUAAGGAGAGUUUAUCUCAGUUCAUCGCCAAAAACAUUCCUUCCGCGAAUAUAAACGUAAUCGAUGAUAUUGUUCUCGCUUAUGUGAUUUCUAUAUUGGAAGAAGCAUCUCAAGACGCCUGUUUUGAUGUCGAAGGUUUCAUAGAAAUGAUGGCAGCGUUCAUGCCAGACUUUGCAAGCAUUGAUGCUGGGGUGGUGUGCACCUGGGUCCUGGAACUGGAGGCUCAGCUGUCUCAACGGGUGGAGACUGACUCUGCUUCCACCAGCGAUGAUUCUGGUGAGAGUGACAAGCUCAGUCUUACGCUGCAGAGCCUCAAUGAGAUGUUGCCUUCUAAGAGCAACAGAUCUCACUCCAACUCGGAGAGCUCUGAGAGCACCGAGGGCCGCCGUCCCAUCAUCGACGGCGAGGAGUAUGCUGACCAGUGCCGCGUGCUGCAUGAGAUGUUCCCCAACACCUGCUCCAUGGAGAUAAAGCACUGCGUGUCUAUCGCUCGCGGUGACGCGGAGCGCGCGGCGGCGACGCUGCUGCACCGGCGCGAGCAGGGACAGGCGUUGUCCGCCGCCGCGCUGCAUGCCGCACCGCGCUCCCCGCUCUGCGACGACAACGAGCUCAAGUCGCGCAUCAUCGCACGUUACUCUUAUGUGGACAAGAACUCGGACACCAAGGAGCACAAGCCGUUGGCGCCUAAGAUUGAGCCCAAGAAGUUGGUGCGUUAUCGAGACAACAAGAUCGUGUCUCUCAAGGGCGAGCGCUACACCGAGGUACCGAAGUCCGGGAUCGACGAGGAGCAAUUGAAGAAGCCCAAAAAGCAACACUGCCCUUAACCUUUAGAGCCACGUCAGUACGGUGAAAAAGCGGACCCUCUCUCUUUGUCCCAUCUUCAUGUAAUCGUUGUUCCCCAUCCCGCACGCCCCAUGCCCAGUGUAUAUCCUACGAAACUAUGUCUCUCUCUUACUUCAAUGUUCGUCGAUGUAAUAAAAAAAACAUGUAGUGGGCGUAACGACAUAUUUAAACGUAGUGUAACAUGGUCACAAUCGACCGUUAAUAUAACAUACGCUCAAAUUACGUAUGCGUAUUUAAAUACGUACGUACACACAAUACGUACACAAUUUUAUGUAGUUAGGAAUAUUCGCUGCGCGUAUCCGAACGCAGUUUCAUUAUUCGCACGUAUAUAUUUUUCCUACGUUCGCGUACUAUUGACGUAUUUGUUUUUUAAUAUUUUUGUCGGGCGUGCGUCCGUAUUUUUUCCUAUUAGAACGCGUGGAUUUUACUUUAUGUUGUUCGCGGCAUUCCUUAUUCCGCUUUUUUUCGGUACUGAUUUUUUUAAUGUAACUGUUAUGUUACACCGGCUGUCUCGACUUAACAGUGUAUUUAGUCGUUAUAAUUUGUAUUUAAUUUGCGUAUUUAUUGUUAAUUUUAAGCUCUCUACGAGGCAGCUGAUCGUCAGUAUUAUUUUGACCGGCAGAACUAUGGCAUUGCAUACUACCGCAGUGAGCGAUGGCUCUGGGGUGCGACUAUGUGUUCAGUAUAAUAGGCAUUUUAUAAGAACAAGGGUUUGUGAGAAUGUAUGUGUGUAUGUAAUGCAUGCCAUAGUUUGCAUGGAACUGUAUAUUCUGCCUUUUAUAAUGUGCGACGGAGAUAUUUAUUCACUAAAAUGUUGCAUGAUAUGUCAAAAUGUCUUAAGCGAAUUAUUUAUUCGAAUGCAACAUUUUAGUGACUGCGUCCGCCAUUUUGAAUUCCUUAUAGUUUUAAGUGAAAUGAUCUGUCA